AAUUCCUUCAAGUUUGAUUGAUAAACAGUUUCAUUUUGCAUUUCAUUACAAUGGCUGAAAGAAUAAUACCAUCCCCCAAUACAUUAGUAAAGUAUGAUAAUCCGGUAUUGGUAACAAAGCAUGGAAAAGCUGGACCUUCCGGAGAUGACAGUGCCUCCAAAAAGACUCCCCUAACUGCCGAUGUGAAAAGAGAGACUGAAGAAAUUCUUAAUACCAUUUUGCCACCUAAAGAAUGGGAGGAAGAUGGACAGAUGUGGCGGCAGCAGGUAUCCACAACUCCAGCGACUAGACUUGAUGUUGUAAAUUUGCAGGAACAGCUGGAUAUGAGGCUACAACAAAGGCAGGCAAGGGAAACUGGAAUUUGUCCAGUAAGAAGAGAACUGUACACGCAAUGUUUUGAUGAAAUAAUUCGUCAGGUUACUAUCAAUUGUGCUGAGAGGGGUUUAUUACUUCUUAGGGUAAGAGAUGAAAUGAGGAUGACUAUUGAGGCUUAUCAAGCAUUGUACUGCAGUAGUGUUGCAUUUGGAAUGAGAAAAGCCCUUCAAGCAGAGCAAGGUAAGUCGGACUUAUUUAAAGAUGUGGAUAUCUUGAAGAAUGAAAAACGUGACCUAGAGCAGCAGAUAACCGAAUUGAAACAAAAAGCAGAACAGGCCGAUCGUAGAGCAGCUGAGACCAGGCUGGCUGAGGAACGAAAGCAUACAGAGGAGAUAGCAUUUUUGAAAAAGACUAACCAGCAGUUAAAGACUCAACUAGAAGGAAUUAUAGCACCCAAGAAGUAAAGAUAAAUAAAAAUACAUAAAUAAUGUAUUCAUUUAUUAAAAAUAUAAAUACCUAUCCAAAGCAUA